CCCCUCUCUCCUUUCCCGUACAUCACCAUGACGCGUGUUGUUGUGGCUAUUGGAGUGCUUGUACUUGGCAUGAUUGCGUGCUGCUCUGGACAGUAUAUUCUUGCUGGACCGAAUGAGGGCGCGGUACAGACGCCGGCUGUCCCUGCUGCGCCUUCGGGCGGACCGGCCUCGUUUGUGGACUGGCUGUACCGGACGACGUGGCUUGAUACCGACACGUCGGCGAUGCCGUCUGUGAGUGUCCCUGGGCUUGCGGGCGUGGGUGGCUCUGUCUCUCUGUACUCGCCGAGCUCGGCGUCGUGCACAGGCGGCUGUGACAUCCUGCUCCGGUCAGACGUGUCUGUGGUCGAGCUGACCGAGGUCCAGCUCGGGCGUCCGGGCGUGGCUAACGACCAGCCGACGACGUUUUGGAUUUCCAACACGGAUAUGCGGUCGACAGCACAGUUGAAGGCGGUUGGCUCUGCCAACGUGGGCCUUGUGUUCAAUUCUGACCGCAACGUGCGGUUCCUUGCGGGCAUGAGCGUGCAGAUGGACUCGAACAGUGAUCGGUUCUCGGUGGUGGCUUCUGGCGGUCUCGGCUCAGGGGCGCUCUCUGCCAACGCGGUGGUGCUUGUCAACCAGGGCACGCUGGACCUUGCAGCGACUAACGCGGAGAUCAACUUUCCGCUUGUGCUCGCGCUUGGGUCGGGCACUGCGGUCAACGUGGUGAUGAACCCCGGCGGCCGGUUCACUUUUGGCGGGCUUGAUGGACGGGCCGGAACGGUGACGACGGUGACGAUCGACACGGAGCAGACGUUUGACCUUGGCUCGUACACCUGCCUUGACGGUGCGGUGCAUGUGCUCAACGUCAAGGGCGACACGGCGCCGCUUGUGGCGCCGAAGAUCAACUUUGGCUGCACCCUUCGGCAGGCGUCCGAGGCUGGUAACGUGCAGCUUGCAGUCGACGGCUCGGGCCUGGGUGGCCUGCUCUUUGGCGAGCUCUCGCUCGAGUGCGCGUCCGGGACCUGCAUCACUGCGCUCAUCCACGAGCUGCAGACGCAGAAGGGCUCGGUGAUCAAGUUUGGCAACACCAACGACAACCAGCUGGUCAUGCCGCCGGUCGACGCGCUCGGCUCGCCGAUGAAGCUCAACUCGGACGUGGUGUGGCCGGUAGGCGUGGUCGGUACCAUUGCCGGCGGCCCGCUCGGGCUCACUGACCGCGGCCGGGUGGUUGUCAACGCGCCGACAACGGCUGUCAUCAACUCGAACGUGGUCCUCACCGCGGGUCAGAUCCUUAUUGUGUACACCAACAAGACGCAGUUUGACACGCCGUGGCUCUCGUUUGGCCCGGCAUCGACCAUCCAGCUUGCCGCGCCAGUUGUUCUCGACAUUACCGCCAUCCAGGACGAGGUUCAGUACGGUGACAAGCUUGUGCUCUUCACCCACGCCCAGGGUGCGCUCGUUGGCGGCUCGAUCGCCUCGGUCGUCAUCAAGGGCUGGGACCUCGGCCGCGAGGGCGACGAGUCGUCGAUGCAGUACAAGGAGACCUCGGUCGAGUUUACCUUUGUCGAGGUCGACUACGGACCCUCGUGCAACGGCUCCGAGUGCCAGCCGCCGGUCGACAACCCGCUCAACGACACCACCGACGCCGUUGUCGCGCCCGUCAUUGUCCAGAAGUCGUCCGGCAUGUCCGCUGGCGUCAUCGCCGGCAUCAUCAUCGCCGUCAUCCUUUUCAUCCUCAUCAUUGCUGGCAUUAUCGCUGCCUUUGUUCUUCUCCGCAAGCGCAACCGCCUCCGCGACAACGUCGGCAAGGACGGCGAAGAGAUGCCUGACAUGGGCGAGGACGACCGCUUCUAACGCCCCACUCACCCUCCUUUGUCACUCCUGCUUGCAGUCGUGGCUCCGGCGCCGGAACCGGUGGCUCUCGGCACGCUGACUUUGUUUUCCCCUGCUCACCUCCGACCCUAAACCCUCGAUGUCGGGAA